AUGAUUAAGGGAGUUUUCUCCAAAGGAUGGAAAGAGAGACUCCAAGUCCCCACAGAUGAAGGUUAUGAGAACGAUCCGUUAACAAAUAGAGAUCUGAUUCCAUUCGGGAAAAAUAGAAGAACAUGGUCGCCAUCAGCGUAUGCCAUGUACUGGAUUAUUGAGGCCUGUUCAAUCACAGGCUACACCACCGGCUCCUCACUGGUUGGGUACGGUUUAAGCGUCAAACAGGCUAUUCUCUGCUCGUUUGCAGCAGGUGUGUUGUACGGAAUGUGCGCAGUUUUGAUGGGUAUUAUUGGUGCUUACCAUCAUAUUGGUUAUCCAGUGCUAGCUCGUAUGGUUUAUGGUAUUCAAGGUGCCAAGUUCGGUAUUGUCCUUAGAAUCAUCACUGGUAUCAUCUGGUGGGGUGUUCAGGCCUACUACGGCGCUCAAGCUGCGGCGGUGAUGAUCAGUUGUCUAAGUCCAUCGUUCUUAACUUGGGAUUCAUUUGACAACAAAAACGACAUUACAUCAGCCAAUCUUGUUGGUCUGAUGGUCUAUUGUGGUCUAAUGGUUCCCUGUCUGUUCAUAAAACCGGAGAAUUUACACUGGUUUUUCAGAACUGUUACUUUCUUCAUAGUGGGUACUUUCUUUGGGAUGCUCGGAUACUGUGUCAAACAUGCACACGGUGUCGGAGAACUCUUCAGUAAGCCCUCUGGUAACUAUCCUAGUGGAUCUCUUGGAUGGGCAUGUGUCCAAGGUAUAUUCUCCAUAUUGGGUAGUGCAGGAACAGGUAUUUUGGGUCAAUCUGAUUUUACAAGAUACUCCAAAACCAAACGUGGUCCUAUGUAUUCCCAAAUGAUUGGUGCUCCUACAGCGUUGGUCUUUGCAUGUAUAAUGGGAUCUAUCAGCACUUCUGCGUCAAACGAAUUCAUCGGUGAGGUGAUUUGGAACCCAAUUACGUUGCUGGCAACAAUUCUAAAGUACAACAACUUUAACUCUGCUUCUAGAGCUGCUGUUUUCUUCGCUUCGGCAUCUUUCCUUUCCCAACAGCUUGCAAUUAACCUGCUAUUGAACUCUUUAUCGUCUUCCAUGGAUAUGGCUGGUUUGUUUCCAAAGUAUAUCAAUAUCAGAAGAGGUACGUUUAUUGUUAUGGCCAUUGGUAUCUUGAUAUGGCCCUGGAAGAUUUUAACAAGUGCCAAAGCUGUGAUAGUGUUUGGUACUGGUUGGGGUUGCUUUGCAUCUGCUCAAACUGGUAAUGUCAUCUUCACCUAUUUCGUCACUUACAAGAGAAAGAUUUUGCUAAAGGACCUUUAUAUCAACAAUAGCGAAUCAAUUUAUUGGUUUUGGAAUGGAAUCGAUUGGAGAUCUAUUGCUUCUUUCUUUGUUGGGACUGUUUUCCUUAUUCCUGGCUUGGCCUUUGACUGCCAGGGUGAAACUCGUGGAGGCUGGACCUACAUUUACAGAUUUUCAUACCUCACUGGUAUUGUUUUGUCUAUGGCAAGCUUGUUCGUGUUGGAGAAGAUAUUCCCAAAGAAAACGAUCCAGCCAAGUACAAAGGUUGAUGACAUCUACAAUCCAGAUGGUAGCUUGAUCGAAGAGGUCAACGGCCUGAGCGGCUCAAACAGUGUUGAACUUGUUAGUGUCUCCGUGUCUUCCAAAGGGCAUCGUGAAGAAUCAAGCAAGUGA